GUUCCAAACCACCGGCCAAGCCUUGCUCAUCAAGUGGGCGGAUGCUGAGGGGCGGAAGGAGUACCUGCCCAGCACGGUGGUUUUUUGGACAGAAGUGGUCAAGCUCUUCACCAGCCUCAUCCUCGUCUUUCAUGAUAGCGGAGAUUUGUUCGUGGGCGGCAAGAGCAUUGCAGAGCAUUUGACGCAGUCUCCGAUAGAGUUGGGAAAGGCAGCGGUGCCUUCGCUGGUCUACACUGUGCAGAACAACCUCAUGUUCUACAGCCUCACCAAGCUGAGCGCUCCGGUCCAGCAAGUGCUGUACCAGAUGAAGAUCAUCACUACAGCAGGUCUCGGCGUGCUCAUGUUGGGCAAAAGCUUGGGUGCUGUGAAGUGGAGCGCUUGCUUCCUGCUGGCCUUUGGGAUCAUGGUGGUGCAAGUCAGCCGCAAUGCUCAGAGCACAACCAGCGGCAGCUUGAUUGAGUGGGAUCUCUGGGAGGGCCUGGAGAACGACCAGAUGAAGGGCUUUGGGGCCGUCCUCUGUGCCUGCCUUACGAGCGGCUUCGCGGGGGUCUGGAUUCAGAAGAUGCUUCAGCAGACGCAAGCUUCAAUUUGGAUGCGGAAUGUCCAGCUUGGCCUCUUCGGCGCCUGCAACAGCCUUGUCGUGGCGGUGGCGCAGGAUGGCGAGAUCAUCAUGAAUAGAGGCUUCCACACAGGAUACAACAUCCGUGUGCUCCUGGUCAUUGGUAUGAACGCUUUCGGCGGCCUGCUUUGUGCCGUGAUGCUGAAGUAUGCAGGAGCAACGCAUGGAUGUUUCAGCACGGCCCUGUCCAUCAUCCUCACAUGCAUCAUGUCGUCCAUCGUGCUGCAUGACUUUACGCCUGAUUUUUUGUUUGUGGUUGGCACCGCGAUCUCUGUAGGUGCUUCCUUCCUUUUCGCUUUAGGGCUGCCGAAAAGUUGCAGCGUAGCAUUAUAG